AGAGAGAGAGAGAGAGAGAGAGAAAGAAGAAGAAGAAGAAGAAGAAGAAGGAAGAAAAGAAGAAGAAGAAGAACGUGGGAAGUGUUGAAAGUGUCUACCACACAAUUUUUUUAAAGGAGGUGUAAUACUGUGUGUCAGACACACUUUAACCAUUCAGACACACACAGAGAAGCAAGCAUGCACAGUAACCUUAGGUACACGUACCCUCCAGUGUUCACAGUUGAUGCUGCAGGAGGCUUUCCUCGUCAGCAUCAGGCUGCAGGCAUCGAACCUCCCCCAGUCCCCUGCUGGACAUUACCUCCUGCCCGAAUCCAGGCCAAGAGAAGGGGCUGUGGAGGAAUGAGCUCUGCAGGAUGCCUCCUGAUUAUGGUCCUCCUGACAGUGUUUGCUGCACUGGGACUUGGAGCCUAUCAGAUCAUGAGGCUGCAGACAGAGCUGAUACGUCUGAAACAGGAAAUAAACCCACAGCCUGAAAGUAUUACACCAGAGAGGCUAGUCGGGCAACAAGUAGAAGAUAAGGAGCCCAAGCAUGCACCAGCUGCACAUCUGAUGGGACAAACCCAGGACAAUAAAUCGAAGACCCUAAAGUGGGAGUCAAGGCAUGGUCGUGCUUUCACAGAUGGCAUUCUGUACCGUGACGGUGGUUUACAAGUGAAUGAGACAGGCCUCUACUUUGUCUACUCGCGUGUGGAGUUCCUAUCAAAAGACUGCAAACCAAGGGACUCUCUGGCCCACAUAGUGUACAUAAAGAGAGGCGAACGGCUGCUAACGCUCAUGAGUGAUCAUCGAGAAGGCUUCUGCCAAGUCGGAAGCAAGCAACUGUGGACAGCCGGAAGUAACCUUGGCUCCAUGCAUCAGCUCAGGCAGUCUGACUGGGUGUUUGUCAACGUAUCCCAGCCAAACCGGCUCAGUUCUGACCACCAAAGUAAUUACUUUGGCCUUUUUAAACUCCCAUAAGCACUCACUGUGUUCCUCAAAGGUUUGGCAGGCCAGUGUUCGGAGGAAAUGGGAAAAGUGCAUUUGAAAGGCUCAAACUUGUGUAGAAAGAAGUCCAGGGAAUCAUCUAAGGAUGUUUCACUGUCCUCUAUAUAUAAAAUAUUAGCCAUUUUUGUUGUUUACCGAACACUAACAUGCUCCUGUAUGGAUGUUAUUUAUUUACAGAAAUCUUUAUUAUGUAUGUCUGGGCAUGGUCGGAACUGCAGAUCAGUAUAAAUUAUGGUCAUAUUGACCAUAAAAGUCUAAUAAUUUACAUUUUACAGCGAAAUAAAUUAUUGUUGUUGUUCAAAAUGCCUUUGUUUAAUAAAUAAAUGAUUAUGCACUGAACAAAUAUUAAGAAAUGAAUAUUUUAAUGUCCAACCAAAAAUAGUACAUGUAGUUACCAUUAUAUCACACAGUUGUUGAUGAUGGCAGGGGAAACAGUGGGCUGGUACUGGGAGAGAUGAGGAAAAUAUGCUAAGCAUUACAAUUAACAUAGUUUCCAGGUCUGUUUCUAUACUGACCAAUUUAAUUAACAUUUUUUUGCAUGAGUCAUAACUUGUUACUUUUACUAAUUCUAUCAAUUAUCAAAUGUUUGAUGAGUUUUAACUUUCAGCAAAGAGAUGCAACAUAUUCAGUGUUGUAUACUGAGGUUUUAAAUAUCCUCUUUUGGGCCAUCAGGCAACUCUGCAAUGUUGCAUUUUCAUUCCUCAUCAUUUCUGCAAAGACCCUCAUGCUGUUUUCAUCGCAAAGCCACAGAUACACAUGUACUCUUGCUUUCUCUAACACACACACACACAGAUUUCUGCUGCUGACGCAGAACACUGUGUCUUUUUUCAGUUUCCUUCCUGUGUUAUAAUUCUGGCUCGGCGGCUGGAGGUAAAUUUUCAGCCUGAAAUUUCGUAAUCUGUAAAGUAUAAUAUGCCUAAACUCCUUUGGGUUUCUAAUAAGACAAUAUAUUUUGUGUGACAAAGUUUGUGUGUUGCCACAUUCACUUUGGCAAAGUAGAGUGCAAGUAAAGUACUGUAAAUGUCUGUCAUGCCACAGAAAACAUUUUGAUAAAAGUCAUGAGUUUUGGCACAAUCUCAUGUCUUUUAUCAAAAAACAUUUAGUGCUUUAGUAGUACUCAGCAUUAGUCUUGGGCAAUACAGUGAAGGCAAACACACAAAUGUGCAAGGCAAAGUACUGUAGUGCCUUAUGUAGUGUAUUUAGUAACUAGGAGUGGACUCCUUGUUUUAGAGGUGAAUCAAAAUUUCAUAACAACCUUCAAAGUAAGAGAAACUACCCGUAUAAUGUUAGAUAUACAGUGGAUAUAAAAUGUCUACACACAUCUGUUAAAACUGCAGUUUUUAGUGAAAAAUGAAACCAAGAUAAAGCAUGCCAGAUCUUUUCCCACCUUUAGUGUGAUAUAGCAACCAACAAAAUGCAAGUGAAAGCAACUUAGAAAAAAAAAAGAACAAACUUACAAUAACCUGGUUGCAUAAGUGUGCACACCAUUUUAUAAUGGGGCAUGUGACUGUUCACAUUCAAAAUCAUAUUUAAAAGUUAUUUUUAACCAGCUGUCAUCAAUA